UUAUUCUUCUAAAGCCAUGAUUUUUCCAUAGGUCUUUUGAAUAUAUAGUACUAGAGUGCUUACCGUUAUGCAGCAAUUAGAUGAACCCGAGUGAAUGAAAAUGCUAUAAUUGCUAUACCUUUUGUAACUAAUCUCACCACGUCUCGUCAAUUUAUUUCGGGUUAAAAGAAGACUCGCAUUGGUUUCAGAUGUCAAGAAAGCAUUACGCAUGCGUGUCUUAUGUACCGAAACCCAGCAUCUUUUAUGUCAAGCAGAGCUAGCCUUUUAUGUUUAUUUUUUUAAACACCUUUACACCAGAAAAACUCUGCCUCUGUGAUCUGAAUAAUUGGCUCAAUAGAUCGUGUAUUUUGUGUCUUUCAAAGCAACAGGAGAUGCCACCUUAGUGAGAGCAGAGUGCCCGGCAAGGUGCCAUGAGGAGACGGCUGUCUCACAGGGACUCCAAAACCCUGCCCCCCUAUGACAGAAGUCCUGACUCGUCCCCCUGUAACCGAGGGCCCUACCCCUGCUGUUUCUGUUGGUGCUGCUGUUGCAGCUGUUCUUGCCUGACAGUGCCAAACAAAGACCAGGAUGUGUGCAGCAGGAGGGCGUCCAACAUCUCCACACUAGAGAGCCUUCAGAGGAACGAGGAUAGCGGCAGGCUGAGUGUGGAGGAGGCCUCAUCCUGGGCACUGUCCUUCAGCACUCUGCUGGACAAUGCAUCCGGCCGCGACGUCUUCAUGGAGUUCCUGCGCUCGGAGCACAGUGAUGAGAACAUGCUCUUCUGGCAGGCGUGUGAGGAUCUCAAGACAGAUCAACAGAAGGCUGAUAUCGGGGAGAGGGCCAAACAAGUCUACCUGGACUACAUCUCCAUACUCUCUCCCAAAGAGGUCAGCAUUGAUGCCACAGUGCGGGAGACAAUCAACAGAAACAUGGCAACUCCCACUGUGCACGUUUUUGAUGACGCCCAAGCACAAAUCUACGCACUGAUGCACAGAGACUCUUAUCCACGAUUUCUGAACUCCCCUCUCUACCAGUCUCUGUUGCAGAGCCUCAGUUCAAACAACUCCUCCAACAGCUAGGAGGCGCUAGAGUGCUGGUGGCAGAUCCCCAGUUCCUAGUCAACAGAUGUCAUACGCUGCAGUACGUUUUACACAAUUCGACAGUUGUUUACAGAGGUUGGUUUUGUAAAACAUGUUUAAAAGUGGCACCCUGAAAUGGUACAGUGCUUUGCCUCAUACUGUAAUCGGAAUGAAAACUAAAUCUUGAUUUUUAAUCUUGCCCUUAUUUUAUAUUGCUGAAAGACAAAGAGUCACGAAAAACUGGCCCCAAUUUAUGGUACCAUAAUAAUCUUUAUAACAAUACCCUUGGCGAGGGGUCUGUGGAGGAAGAGACAUCAACACAAGCCUUGGUACCCGCUACAGGACAGAUUUUAGUAGAUCAGAAAUGCUUCUGUAUUUUCCUGGACUGAUGUUUACAGGCAAGCUGUGAAUUUAAGGACAUAAUAACCAUAAUAAAAGUGCAUCACAGUAAAAUCAUAGCAAAGUGUAAUAAAGGAUAGUGAAAGUAUGCUUCAUUAUACUAAAAAAUAAAACAUGAUGAACUAUGGUAAAAGCGUGGUAAAACAGCAAAAUUACUGAGCAAAUUUACCAUGGUCAAAUAGUAUAAGGGAAACAGAUUGUUAUUGGUGUGUGUUUAAUAAAUGUCUGUUAAGCUUGUAAUCUUAAAACUUACCAUAACAAGGUCUUGCCACUUGCUUAUCCCUAGCUAGGACCAGGGCUGGGUCAUUUCCAUUUCCAAGUCCUUCAAAGGAAUACAUACUUUACAGUACUCCCUGUGAAGGACAAAAUUACUGGUGUGUUAUAACCAUACAAAAGUAAGUCUCCAUCAUGUCCAUUCACACUGCGUGGAAUAAUAUGUGCAAGCUAAACUCACCUCAUAUUUUUGAUGCUUUUUUAAAAGCAUUUUACAAUCAUACAACACUAGAUUACUGAAGUGAAAUUAAACUGAAGUGAAUCAUAUCAGCACCCUU